CACCAAACCUCGCAAAGUACCCUCCUAAACGCAAAGCCACCUCCAGAGAAUCCCGACGCUAAGCAUCUCUAGUGCCCCAGCUCAUCUUGGAAGCCAUGGUAUCUAUGUUUCCUUGCCGAUAGCUAUGUCGUUCAAAGUUGGACAAAAGGUCCAAAUAGCGGACGGGAGAGUGGGCAUAGUUCGCUUUAUAGGCGAAGUUUCCUUCAAAGAGGGGCAAUGGAUGGGUUUAGAGUUGGAAGAUCCUGAUGGCAAGAACGAUGGCUCCGUUAGAGGGGAGCGUUAUUUCGACUGCCCGCCUAACCAUGGCCUCUUCAUACAACCAUCACCCUCAAUCGUUGUACUCGAGCAGCCAAAGCCUGCUGCACCGACGAAAACAAAUAGCAAACCGACCGCAACUUCUGCAGCGAGACCGCGACCUUCGAGCAUAACAUCGUCUACCUCAGCUACGGCACGAUCAGCACGGCAAAGCACAUCUGGACUCGGAGAAGGGAAUGUUGGAGCUAAGAGAGUUUCAGUACUGCCUGCUACUGCGAAACCUGAAGCGAGGAGGCAGACAAUGGCACCUCCUUCCACUACUGCUGCACGUCCCUCGCGCCCAUCGAUAGCACCUCGGGUUGGUGCUUUGAGUCCUAAGAAGACUUCUGCACCGUCAUCGCGACCAUCUUCUGUGAGUGUAUCUUCACUUGCGAACAAAACUGCCGGGAUACGCUCUCCGCCUUCAGGAGCUAGUCCCUCUCCAGGUUUAGACAGAGUGUUGAGUCCUGGUUCGUCAAGCUCUGGCUCAAAAGCAAAUCAAAGGCCUACUCCUGUCGCUGCUUCGUCCACGAAUAUUUCCAGCUCAAGUGCAGCGGCACGGGUAAAUAUGAACUCGAGCAAGGCGAACCAAGAGAAUGAGGCAAAAAUACGGAUACUAGAGAAGAAGGUACAAGAGCUGCGACAAAAGGUACAGGAACUACAACCUCAAGCGGACAAAGUUGAGCGGUAUGAUGGCAUAAUACAAAAGUUGCAGGGCAAAGCUCAAGCACAAUUCGCAGAGAUCAAUGAGCUGAAGAAGCAGCUAAAGGAGUCAGAAAAUGGCUUCGCACAGAUCGAAGCUCUGCAAGCCGAGCACGAUACCAACAUGGAGCUAGCAGCCCUUGACCGCGAGAUGGCGGAAGAGAAAGCUGAGGCUUACAAAGCGGAGCUUGACUCGAUCAAGGCGCGUGCUGAAGAGCUAGCUCUUGAGAACGAGAUCUUGCGGAAGGAAAACGAGGAGUUGAGCAAGGACAUGAGCCCGGAGGAGCGAGCAAGCCAAGGUUGGAUGCAGAUGCAGCGUGAGAACUCGCGACUACGUGAUGCGCUGAUACGACUGCGGGAUAUGACGCAAGAGCAGGAGUCCGCGUUGAAGGAAGAGAUUGCCUUGCUUGAAGAAGAGAGCGAAGAAUUGGCUAAAUUAAAGGAAGAACACGACAUCACGAAGACGCGACUCCUAGAGUCGGAGGCUGAAGCUGAGGAUCUGAGGGAACAGCUUGAGGCUGCCUUGGGCGCGGAGACGAUGAUCGAACAAUUAACAGAGAAAAAUCUAGAGAUGACUGCCAGAAUUGAGGAAUUACAGAACACCGUAGAGGACCUGGAGAAUUUAAAGGAGCUCAAUGAUGAAAUAGAACUGAGUCAUAUGGAAGAUAAAAAGCUGCUCCAACAGGAAAUUGAUCUUAAGGAAGCUUUGCUCAUCGAAUCAGCUAAGCGCGUAGUGUCUCAAGAAGAGGAACUUGCUGAUCGCGACUACACUAUUCAGAGGUUCCGGGAGCUGGUUAUGAAUAUGCAAUCGGACUUAGAGGACAUGAGAUCCUCGAAGGAGCUCACAGAGACACAAGCGCAAGAGCUGGGUAGUCAUUCACGGGCUAUGAUGGACCUCAACAGACAACUGCAGGCUUCGGCGUCCAAUACACGUGUCAAGACCAUCGAGAUGGAACUUCGCAAGCUGGAAGCUCAAGAAGCCGCCGAACAUCUUUCCAUCGUGCAGCUCUUUUUACCAGAAGCGUUCCAAUCUGAGCGCGAUUCUGUGUUGGCGCUUUUGCGAUUCAAGCGCAUAAGCUUCAAGGCGCAACUUUUGCACGGCUUCAUGAAAGAGAGAAUCACUUCACCAGGCCCACACGCUACAGCCGAUCAGCUUCUGGCGGCUUGUGACGCACUCGACAAGCUGACGUGGAUUAUGGCUAUGUGUGAACGCUUCACAAGUUGCAUUGCAACGAGCUCGCUCGAGCAAUUCUCUAAAUUUGAGAGCGUUCUGUAUGAACUCGAACCUGUUGAACGCUCUCUGAAUGGCUACAUUGACAAUUUGCGCAAAGAUGAGCUGCGAGAUCAACAGGUUGCGGAUGGGCUUCAACGUGCAAUUGCAGUCAUGCAACACUUGUCCGAACUGCAUCUACACGAUAGCCCUGAGAGCUUCGCGAAUGAAGUUCUCAUGAAAACAAUGCUUAUGCAGAGUAAUCUUGAAACCACAGCAGCGGCGCUGCAGAUCAUGAAAACCGAGAUUUUGCGUGCCAUACCGGCUUCAGAAGAUGGGGAAGAUUCUAUGUCGGCUUUCGCAUCAAAGACGGAUGCCCUUGCCAUGCAAUCUCGGAGUGGACGAGUUAUUGUGGGCAAAAUAUUACGCUCUCUGCAAGAUCUAAAAUCGCGAUGUCUUGCACUAACGGCUGAUUCUGACACCACUUUUGAGGUUGGCCAAGGAAUGACUGAAGACCUAGCUACUACCCUACGGUCACUUGGUACGGUGCUUUACAACUCGAUACAUGAUGAGGAUCGAGCCACUUCAUUCACCUUUGCCGACCUCAUGUUCGUCAUGCGCAAUUUCAACAAGUCUCAAGAUAUGGAUGUCUUCGCACCUUUGCAAGCAAAGAUGAAGGCUCUACAUGAACGUCUCGGCGAUAUCCUAAAUGUGGCUCAAGAUCUCAGUAAUACAGUGGAGUUUGAACAGCCCUCCCCUCCCUGGGUUCUUCGCUCCUUGGCGCUCGCUCAGAGCAAGCUCGUUUCACAAGACGCGCAAGCAGAGAUUGCUUCUCUCAAGCGCGAGAUCCACGAGCGUGGCACAACCAUCAAACUGCGUGAAAAUGAGCUUGAAGAAGCAAGCGUCAAGAUUGAGCUACUAGAGAGUAGGAUGAAGGAUUCCGCCAAGAAAGCAGCUAGAAUCAGCGAGCUAGAGAAGAUAAUUGAGCGCGCAACCACAGUGGAGAAAGAACUAGAAAGAAAACUGGAGGAGAAAACGUUACUUUGUGUUCGAAUGGAGGAUGAACGCGAUUCAUGGAUGCGGAAGGCCGCUGAGAUGCAGGCUCAAGAGCCAAUGGGUGCAAACGGUAAGGAUAAGCGCGGCGCCCCUAUGGGAGGUGUUCAUCUCGUGGGUACGAGCCAGGAAAUGGAAGCAUUGAAGUCGAACAUCAAGACACUUGAGUCCACGAUACGUUUCCUCCGCAAAGAAAUGCGACGUACGCAGCACGAGGAGCAGAGAAUCACAAACGCAUGGCUCUCGCAGCCGCUCAACAUUUCUGAUAACAAAAACAUGCAUGCACUCCUACAGAAAAGGGAGGAAGCUAGACAGGCAUUCAAUGCAAUUGCAGAUUUGCCAGCCGUUGCUGCCCCAGUGGCGCCUGGAUUCAUGAAGGACAGGAAUGAGAGACUCAAGUGGAAGCCAAGAGCGUUGACGACGAGGUAUCAGCUUUAUGAAGCCGAGGUGCAGUGGCUGGAUGCGAAAGAAUUAAUGGGAGGAGAAAGAGUCAGGAGCGCAGGACCUGUAAUUGUGAUGUAGGAAAAAUCUGCAAACAAAUAUUUGCUGGUCUCUAGCGCUGAAGUCUAUGUCAAGAUCCAACACUAUGUGACUCUCGCCGUCGUCAAUAUUGACUUGGCCGGCUACUCAACUACAAGAAGACCGUAAUGAACGCUACUGACGCUCCCAUACUUCAGCUACGCACCGUGUUAUGUUUUCAUGGUAAUCAAUGGGUAUAACCAUGCAAAUAAGCAGUAGCCAG